GUCAAAGAGAGACAUACAAUAAAUUGAAAAGAAUAAUAUUAAAAAAUUUACUAAUGUUUUGCUGAGAGCUUUGGAUGCCAUUAAUUCUCACUGGUACAAGGCGAGCUUCAGAAAGGGAAAGGGCGAGCAAUGGCGGACUCCGCCCACUCCGUCACCGUCGAUAUAGAUUCAGUCCCGGUCGCCGGAAAGGAGCAUAUUGUGAAAACUGGUUGUGGUUCUGUGUCGGUGGCCGUUUUUGGGGACCAGGACAAGCCUGCUCUAAUUACCUAUCCUGAUUUAGCCUUAAAUUAUAUGUCCUGCUUCCAAGGUCUCUUCUUUUGUCCAGAAUCGUUUUCUUUAUUUCUCCACAACUUUUGCAUCUAUCACAUCAGUCCUCCUGGACAUGAGCUAGGAGCUGCUGUUGUGGGGCCCGAUGAGCCGUUGUUAUCCGUCGAUGAUUUAGCUGAUCAGAUUCCUGAAAUACUUGACCAUUUUGGAGUUGGUGCGGUAAUGUGCUUGGGGGCAACAGCUGGAGCUUAUAUUCUUACCCUCUUUGCUAUGAAGUACCCACAACGUGUUACGGGUUUGAUUCUUGUUUCCCCUCUAUGCAAAGCACCAUCUUGGACAGAGUGGCUGUACAAUAAGGUAGUAUCCAACUUACUUUACAUGUGUGGGAUGUGUGGUCUAGCAAAAGAAUUGUUGCUCAUACGGUAUUUCAGCAAGGAACAUCGGGGCAGUGUGGAUGUACCAGAAUCAGAUAUCGUUCAAUCAUGCAGACGAGUUAGUGCUCAUGUUUCUUCCCAUCCUUUGUUAGGAGAAAGGCAGAGCCCAAAUGUGCUUCGGUUUCUUGAAGCUAUCAAUGAGAGACCAGAUAUCACCGAAGGCUUGAAGAACCUGAAGUGCCGAACUUUGAUAUUCGUUGGUGAACACUCUCCUUUCCACUAUGAGGCCCUCCACAUGACCUCAAAGCUGGAUAGGAGAUUAAGUGCCUUGGUAGAGGUUCAAGCAUGCGGAUCGUUGGUUACUGAAGAACAACCAGAUGCGAUGUUGAUACCAUUGGAAUAUUUUCUCAUGGAUUAUGGCUUCCACAGGCCGUCAAAAUCCAGUGUCAGCCCAAGAAGCCCGUUGAGCCCGACUAGCAUCUCACCUGAGCUUUUCUCACCGGAAAGCAUGGGGCUGAAGUUAAAACCAAUCAAAACAAGGAUCCAGGAAGAAGUGUGAGGUCUUGAGAUAAAAAAAAUCAAAAGGCAAGCUUUUCUUUGUAUUAUAUGAAACUAAGGAGUUUAUUUAGUAUUUACACGUGAUUGGUUCGAUUUGUUGGGAGAAAAUUCAUGUAAUUAAAUAUAGGAAAGGGAUAAAUUUAGUUUGAAUGGAGCAGAGGUAUUAUUAUAGAUAGGGAAAAGCUACACAGGCUAAUAUGAAAGUUUGUGGAGAAUUAUAGGGAUAAAUCUCUGUAUAUCCUUGGAAUAAUUUAUAUUUAUGAUGAUGAAAUAGUGAUAGCCAGAAAAUAAUAAAUGGCGGGCGAAGAAAUUGCAUUUCUUUAGUUUAC